UCUGCGUGGUGCGGGAGGUCGAACCUGGGGUCGAGGAGGCCUAAGCGCGGGUCCUUCCAAGUCUGAGUGGACGGAAGGAGGGCGGCGGGAGGGCCCCAGGGUGGCGCCAGGCUGCCCUGCGAGGGUCGCGCGCGCGUUCCCGGGCCUCUGAGUGCACCAGAGCGGGGGACCCCCGGGGUCCCUCGCGCGUUCGCUGCGCCCUUCUUCCGCGGCCGUCGUCGCCUGCGCUGGCCAGGGGAGGGAGUCUCCAUGGAGCCUGGGGGCAGAGGUGACAAGUAGCUGUGUAUGGAAGUUUCUGCAAGUUUACCACAAGGCAAGAGUAAUCGUCAUGGCUCCUAUCUCCACUUGUAGGGUCGCUUUCUGAGGACUCAGACCUUCCCGGUGCUGAAAACCCUAAAGAAAAUGACAUGAUCACUGUGUUGCUGACCACUGCAUCCCAGGAGUCAUUGGUAAUCAGGGAUAUGGCCGAGGCUCUCACCCAGUGGAAGCAGCUGAACCCUCCUCAGGGAGAUGUGCCUGAGAAGCACAGAAAUCUGGUCUUGCUGGGGCUUCCAAUUUCCAAGCCCGAUGCGAUCUCUCCUUUGGAGUGCGGAAAGGAGCUGGAGAGAGAAGUCUCAAAAGCAGCUCUUUCAGACUGGGAGACAAGACCAGAGAGUAAGGACCUAACUCCAGAGCAGGAUAUUUCUGAAGAAGAAUCAGCCCCUGGGGUGUUAAUAGGAAGAUUUCCAAAGGAAAGUUCCAGUGAAUACGAGGAUUCUUCAGAGAGUCAGCAGGAAAACCAUGAGAAACAUUUAAUACAGGAGGUUGUCACUCAGAAGAAAUCUUCUGGGGAGAGAAGUUACCAGUGUCAUGAAUUUGGGAGAAGUUUUAGUCGAAGGUCAUUACUUGUUCAACAGCAAGGAGAGAGACUACAUAACUGUGAUUCAUUUAAAAAGAACUUAAAACAAAAUUCAGAUCUAACGAGGCACGAGAAAGUUUGUGCAGAAAAGAAACCUUGGCAGUGUAAUGAGUGUGAGAAAGCCUUUAGUUACUACUCAGCUUUUGUCUUGCAUCAGAGAAUUCACACAGGAGAAAAACCCUACGAAUGUAAUGAAUGUGGUAAAGCUUUUAGCCAGAGUAUACAUCUUACUCUACACCAGAGAAUUCAUACUGGAGAGAAACCCUACGAGUGUCAUGAGUGUGGGAAAGCCUUCAGUCACCGCUCUGCCCUUAUUCGGCAUCAUAUAAUUCAUACUGGAGAGAAACCCUAUGAAUGCAAUGAAUGUGGGAAGGCCUUUAAUCAGAGCUCAUACCUCACUCAACAUCAGCGAAUUCAUACUGGAGAGAAACCUUAUGAGUGUAAUGAAUGUGGGAAGGCCUUUAGCCAAAGCACAUUCCUUACCCAGCAUCAGGUCAUUCACACUGGAGAGAAACCCUAUAAGUGUAAUGAAUGUGGGAAAGCCUUUAGCGAUCGAUCGGGCCUUAUUCAGCACCAGAGAACUCAUACUGGGGAGAGGCCUUAUGAGUGUAAUGAGUGUGGGAAAGCCUUUGGCUACUGUUCAGCCCUGACUCAACACCAGAGAACUCACACUGGGGAGAAACCCUAUAAAUGCAAUGAUUGUGCCAAAGCCUUCAGUGACCGCUCAGCCCUCAUUCGUCAUCAGAGAACACACACUGGAGAGAAACCUUACAAGUGUAAGGACUGUGGAAAAGCUUUCAGCCAGAGCUCAUCUCUUACAAAGCAUCAGAAAACUCACACUGGAGAAAAACCCUAUAAGUGUAAGGAAUGUGGAAAAGCUUUCAGCCAGAGUUCAUCCCUUUCUCAACAUCAGAAAACUCAUGCUGGAGGGAAAACCAAAGAAUACGGAAAAGCCUUUAGUGAGCAUUCAGCCUUUGGCCAGCAAAAGAGAAUUCAUACUGGAUAAAGACUAUGUAAAUGUGGUACAUUUGGAAGAUUUUUAUUGAACAUUUACUAAACGUGGUGUGAGCGCUACAGAGGAGUUUAAGAAUGUGUUACAAACAAGAUAUUAAUUGAGAAGUCAUUGUUGGCGUGGGACAUAGCUUACUUAGAAUGUGAAGGAGGAGUUUUACAUUUUUUUCAGUGCAACAGAGGACUUUGAAUCUCCCUGGGGAAAGAGGAAGAUUAUUUCCAGCACCCUAAUGUGUAUGUAAGCUUCCAAAUCCUUGAGAGAGAAACAGGGUGUGCGAUGAUGGAAAGAAGACAUCUUGUCUGGGCUGGGUCAUCUCUUAAUGCUAAGGAGAUGGAGUUUUGAAGAGAUGAGUGGUUCUUUAGGGAAGUUGCAGAGGCAGAAAUAAGAGAUUGAGAAUUCACAAUGAGUUUGUCCAGGGUUGAGAGUGGAGGUGAAAGGGAAGUUGUCCUUAGGCUCAAGUACAAGGGCACUUAGGAGGUAGAUGGGAAGGAGAGAGAAAGAGAACCGGGGGAAUGAACUCAAGAAAUGUUGAUUGAGAUAACCGCUCAAACAAGUGCUCCCAACUGGGGAAAUACUCAUCAGGUGGUCAGUUGCAGUUUCUACCCUGAAGCCAAGGAGCACUGGCCUGGCAGCCUGCUUCUGCACUUUCUGUCUUUGAGAUCUUGCUUGUUGAUUUGCUGCCUGCUAAGAAUCGCGUUAACUCCAAGGGUCAAGACUGACAGCCUAGAAAGUACAGCAGGGACCUUUGAUGUUUUCAGUCUAUUUUAAGCUACCUAUUUUAAGCUGAGUUCCCUGAGAAUGUGCUUAUUUAUAAAGAUGUUACCUCAAUUGUCUGUAAUUAGUACUUUAGGCUUAUUCUUAGUUGUAGACCUGAACUGACACUGCGUAUUGGAUUGUGAAAGACUUGAAAAGACUCCAAAAUACUUACCUUUCACCAUUUUACUCUUGCGUAGAAGCAGACGAUGUCUUUGUAUAUAUAUUUUUUUCAUUGAAACUUCAAAGGUUGUCAUUGCACACGUUUUGAGUACUGUGUUUUUAGUUUUCACAAGUUUGUGUGUCUUGAUGUGGAUUUCUUUGGGUUUAUCCUGUUUUAUGAACUUCAAUCUGUAGGUUUAUGUCUUUUGCCAUAUUUGGGGAACAUUUAGCCCUCAUUUAUUUGAAUACAUUUUUUGGCCCUCACUCCUUCUCUCCUUCCAGGACCCUGAUGACAUGAAUGUUAGAUCUUUGAUUGUAGUUCCGAAGGUUCCUGAGGCUCUGUUUUUCUUCCUUUUUCCCCCCAGUAUGUUUUAUCUCACUCUUCUCAGGCUACCAUAACAAAACACCAUAGACUGGGUGGCUCAAACAACAGAAUUUCUCAGUUUUGGAGGCUGGGAAGUCCAAGAUCAAGGUGUCAGCUUUGGCCUCUGGUGAGGGCUCUCUUCCUGGAUUGCAGAAGGCCAUGUUCUUGCUGUGUCAAGCCUUUU